UAAUACAACUUGUUAAAACAUUACUUCACCAUACUUGUGCGGUCAACUCUCAAAAGUUGUUGCUGAGUUUCCAGAUCGCAAGUUAGUGUUCUUGGUUCAUCUUCAUAAAACUUAUGAAGAUCUAGCAGGUUCCAGGACUGAGGUUUGUCUUUUUAAUUUCCAGAAGCUUCGAAAUCAAAAUUCUGAACUUGAUUGGUUUGGUUUCCACAUCAAUGGCAUCUAAAUUGGCCUCUUCUUACUCUGCUCCAGCCUCAUCUUCUGGCUCGUGGAGUUAUGAUGUAUUUCUUAGUUUUAGAGGUGAAGAUACGCGUAAAGCGUUUGUUGACCAUCUUUACACUGCUCUCAAUCAACGGCUAAUCCGCACUUACAAGGACGAUGAAACACUUCCUCGAGGUGAAGUCAUCGGUCCAUCGCUCAUGAAGACUAUUGAAGAAUCACAUAUUGCUAUCGUAAUAUUCUCUAAAAACUAUGCUGAUUCUUCGUGGUGUCUGGAAGAGCUUGCACAUAUUAUGAAAUGCAAAGAUGAGAGAAAACUAAUUGUUAUGCCCGUGUUCUAUGGUGUGGAUCCCUCGGAUGUGAGGAAACAAAAGAGCAAAUUCGGAGAAGCAUUUGCCAAACAUGAGAUAGAGAACAUCACGAAAGCCGAGUCAUGGAGAAAAGCACUUGCCGAUGUGGGUAACAUUGCGGGAUGGGAACUCAAAUACAUCGCCAACGGGUAUGAAUCAAAGGCGAUCAAAGAAAUCGUUGAUGAAAUUUCCAAUAGACUGCUUUCCUUAAAUUCAGAUGUUGAGGAAGGCCUUGUUGGAUUGACGACCCGUGUUCAAGAAGUGAGAUCACUGUUAAAAGUUGGUGAGGGUGGUGUGCGCAUGGUUGGGAUAUGGGGCAUUGGGGGAAGUGGUAGGACUACUCUUGCAUCUUCCGUUUAUAUGAAAAUCGCUCACCAUUUUAAAGGUUGUUGUAUUAUUGACAAUAUACGGGAGAAAUCACGCAAAUAUGGUUUGAUGAGUCUGCAAGAAAAACUUCUAUCAACUAUUUUAAAAACACAAGUGGGAGUGCGAAGUGUUGGAGAAGGAAAGUUCAUGAUAAGAAGCAGGUUAAGACAUAGUAAAGUCUUAAUUCUUCUUGAUGACGUUGAUGGCGUUGAGCAACUGGAGGUCUUAGCUGGAUCACGUGAUUGGUUUGGUGAUGGGAGCCGAAUUAUAGUAACAACGAGAGACGAACAUGUGUUUGCCUAUAAGGUAGACGCAACCUAUUGCGUCCCAUUAUUACCGAUUGAAGAGGCUAUUCAGCUCUUUAAUAAGCAUGCACGUAAUGAAAUAGAGCCUAUAAAAGAUUAUGAGGCUCUUUCAUUACGUGUGGUUACUUAUGCUGGUGGGCUCCCAUUAGCACUUAAAGUUUUAGGUUAUUUUCUGUAUGACAAAGAUGAGAAGGAGUGGAGGAGUACCUUGGCUAGAUUAAAAGAUAUACCCGAACGUGAGAUUUUGGAACAACUCAAAAUUAGUUAUGAUGGACUUGGAAGUGUAGAGAAAGAGUUAUUCUUGGAUAUUGCUUGUUUCUUUAGGGGGGAGAGAACAAAUGAUGCAAUGGAGAUAUUUGAAGCUUGUAGUUAUCACCCUAAUAUAGGAAUAAAGGUGUUGCAACAAAGAGCACUCAUAACGAUUGUGGAUGGUAAGUUCGAUAUGCAUGAUUUCGUUCAAGAAAUUGGGUAUCACAUUGCUAGAGGGGAACAUCCUAAUAGUCCUGAAAAACGCAGUAGGCUUUGGAACAGUGAAGAAAUCCGAAACAUGUAUCUUGGGGAUGCAACAAUGGAAAAUGACAAGGUUGAAGCAAUACAAUAUUUGUAUCCUCCUAAUGAUCAUUCAUCAUCACUCUUCUGUAAGAUUGUAUCAAACAUGAAGAAACUAAGGUUGCUUAAUGUGGGAUUGUUAGAAUAUCACAAUCUCAAAGGGCCUACUUUUCUUUCAAAUGAGUUGCGGUGCAUUUAUUGGGAUGGGUAUCCUACAAGUCCAUUCCCGAACAAUUUCCAACCAAUGAAGCUUGUUGUACUAAAACUUACUAACAGCUUGCAAAAAGAACUUUGGAAGGGUUACAAGGAUAUACCACAUUUGAAAGUGUGAACUCUAUAAUAUGAAGAAUCUACUCAACACACCAGAUUUUGAUGGGCUCCCAUGCCUUCAAAAGUUGAUACUCCGUCAUUGUGAAGAGUUAAAAAAGAUCCAUCCGUCACUCGGUCGUCAUGCAAGUCUGGAAUACAUAUAUAUAUCAGAGUGUCCCAAGCUUCGAAUGUUUCCAACGAUUGUCCAAAUGGAAAAACUCGAGACUCUCGAAAUCAAGUCAUGUCACAAAAGUUUGCAGUUCCCACAGAUCAAAUCAAACAUGGAAAGCUUGGUAAAGUUGUCUUUGAGCUUUAUGAGGAUAGAUGCUCUGCUCUUGUUAAUUGGAGAACGAUGUGCCAACCUUGUUUCGCUAAACUUGGUUGAUUGUUCUUUUUCAAAAAUCACAGAACCCAACUUUGAUGGGUUAAAACAUUUGGAAGAGUUUAAAUUUACUGAGUUAAAUCAUUGACGAUUUGACGGUGCUAGACCAUCUUUGGUACUCUUGGUUGAUUGUAAUUUAAUCUUGAUCACGAUUCACUCUAGACACGGUU